UUGCUUGUGCACAAGUAGGCUUUGCUCUUACUCGUGCUGAGGAGACCCACCUGCUCCUCAGCUCUCAGGCGGGGUGUGCAAUUGCAGUAAUGAUUUAGCCAGGCUGGUCAUGGAACUGUUGGAGGGCUGAAAUGCACAGAUCAGGGCAGGUCUGGGACCCACAAUGUGGCAAGCAUGUGGAGCUGCUGUAUUGAGUCCAGAGGAGGCCACAGAGAUGCUUCAAGGGCUGAAGCACCUCUGCUAUGUAUGACAGGCCGAGAGAGUUGGGCUUGUUCAGCCUGGAGAAGAGCAGGCUUUGAGGAGACCUUACUGCAACCUCUCAUUAUUUAAAGGGAGCCAGUAAGAAAGGACAUCCAGUAAGAACUACCAUGAAGAACAAACCGUGGUUCCAGAAUAUUUUCUUCUGCCUUUUAUUCCAGUACACUAUAUGUUGUGAAAACCUCACUUGUUUUGUGGACUAUGUAGAGACCCUGUCCUGUAUCCUGCAAGAUGAGUUGGGUGCUGGUUCAUACAAUCUCACUGCUACAUGGGUUCCUGAGGAAGAUCCAGAAAACACUGUGGCUGCCUGCAGUCUCCUGCAAUUGUCAAGAAACACCAGUCACACACAGUACAUGUGCACUGUGGACAUGACUGAACUCCUGGCAGAUACCAAAGUACAGGUGGAUGUUACACAGGUAGCUGAUAGGCAACACGUGCUUUCCAAAGACUUUUAUUUGUCAGACAACAUAAAACCACAGCCUCCAUUCAACCUGACCGCUUUGUUCUCAGAGGGUUACAAUAUAUCUUGGGAAACCAUCUACCACAACUCUUCUUUCUACUUUUUGAAUGAGGAGCUGGAAUAUCAGCUGCGUUACAAAAGAAAAACAGACACCUGGGAGACUCAGAAGAUUAAAGCUGUUCAUGAAGAUAAACGGAUACUGGUAAUCCUGCCGUGGGAACUACAGGCAAACACUGAGUACGAGUUCCAAGUGAGAGCUCGACCCCGGGAAGACAGUGGCUAUGGUGGUUUUUGGAGUGAAUGGAGUUCUCCGCUGUCAUUGAAAACCAGCCCUGCCGCAGUGAGACAGACGGCAGGCAUGGAAUGGCUGUUGCUGUUUGGUAUUGUCGUGGCAAUCAUGGCCUCAAUCACAACAUUUCUGGCCAAACAGCAGAGCUUGUGGAAUAAGAUGGCUUGCAUCCCAGACCCUGCUCCCUUUUUCAAACCUCUUUACAUGGCUCAUAAUGGAGAUUUUAAGAAGUGGGUUGGUGCAUCCCAUAUGAAAAUGACCUUUGAUUUCUUUGAAUGGGGAAUAGUCCUUCCAGAAGUCCUAGAAGUUUACACCAUGCAUCCUUCCAACAGCACCCCACAGGAAGAGCUGCAUGAGCUAAGAAAGAAUCUGCCUUGCAAGCCCUGUGUGUCUUGCCUGACUACCCCAGGUCAUGAAAGCCAGUUGCUGUGGUGUAGUGUAAACAGUAGUGGUGGGACUGAGGACCAGUCAUAUGGGCACUUGUCGAUUGAUACAGUGACUGUGGCUGAUGAAUUUGCAUCUUGUAACUGCCAGUGCAGUUGUAACCAUGUGUACAGGGAACAUGAGCAUACCAACAAGGAAGAUGAUAGUGCUGGAGAACUUGGUUACCCCAAGGUUAACCUUGAUGAGGAAGACAGAAAGCUAUCCAGUGACUUGCAUUUGGCUGAUCUAAGUACACAGGACAAAAUACUUGCUUCAGGCUCUGUGUCCACAGACCACCUGAGGAGCACAAGUGUCCCAGUCAACCAGCAAGGAGAAAGGGGAGUGGAAGGAGGGGUGGGGAGCAUCCUAGAAGCCCUUUGUUUGCAGCCUUAUCAGUGGGAUUUGGAAAAUCCAGGUUCUCUACCUUCUCCUGAUGGUGAAAGUGUUUCCUACAGUGAAGGCUCCUAUGACUUCUUCCCUCACAAUACAAAGCCUGGUGACUGUUAUCCUUUGAUCUGUGUAGAUUUGGACACUAUUGAUAGUGGCUUUGUGGACUCAGAUUGUGGAAGUCCAGUUGACUCUGAAUUUGGGCAAAACAGUCAGACCAUUUGUGAGCCCAUCCCUCUUGAGCAGGAGGGGCAAGACUUUACACGUAGCUACGUCAAGCAGUGGGUCUCCUGUCGCUCUGAGAGCCCUAUCAGUGGGACACAGACAAACUAAGGACUGGAUGAGUGUGGGGCCUUUUCCAUAGUGUGCCAGGAGCAAACUGCUAGCAAAAUUCAGAAGAGAAACAAAGUUUAUUUUGUGUAAGCUCUAUUGCAUAAACUGUCACCUGUUAGGAUGACAGAAAUAUGCCUGUUUCUAUUCCCACUUAUCCUACUAAUGUCUCAAAUUUGUUGUGAUUGAUUGUUCCUGAGUUUUGUUGGGUUUUGGGCUUUUUUAGAAUCAUAUAUCAACCCUCCCUUAAUGUCAGAAAAAUGCCAGGAAAAAAACCCCUCUAUCUUGAAAAUUAUCCUUUGGCUUAUAUAGAUAUGCAAAUUUUUUUGCAGUAACCUUAUAAAGAGUACAGAACUUUAAGUUAUUUUCCCUGGUAUUCUCACAUGACUUAAGGGUUUGGCUGCACAUGGAACCUCAGAAUCAUAACCCAUGGCAGGCAUGUUUGCUAUGUCAAAGCUCCCCUACCUUUCCAAUCAUGUGAUGUUACUCGUCCUUCUACUAUUUUUGGCUCUUUAAACUCAGCUGUAGUAGUCUGUCAAUUACGGAGGGCUCCAAACCUGUCCAUGAGGAUCAAAACUAAUUCUUAUGUAAUCAUUGCAGAAAUGAGUGUACUAGAGACUAAGCACAACUCAGGUUUCACAAAAACUUUCCAGGAGGAGUCUGCAAAUGAAAAGACUUCAAAAUAUAUCGAAUUCUAAACAAACUCUCCCUAAUAGGCUUUUCUAUUGAGUCAGACUCUCUCCCUGCACUUUUCAAGCAUUUUAAUUGAGCAGCUUUUAGAAUUUUGCCAAAAUUAUCGAAACAUUGUCCUACCUGGAUAUGCCUGCCACUUCUGCCUUGGACUUGCUCUGCUGCAGUUAAAGGUCAGUAGCACAAAAUUUGAGCAAUUUCUGCUAGCUAAUAAAGCCAAAUAUGAAAUUGCACUGUAACUUUGAAUCUGUUUUUCUCUCUGACAUCUCCACAUCGCUGAUUUGUUCAGGAUAAUUGUCUUUAAAAGUCACUGAAAAGUAAUACUGAAAUUGAAUGUGAAGACUGUAAUCUUACAUAGGCAUAGUGCUGCUAACCCAUAGACUGCUUGGCUCCAGAAGGUCAUAUCUUGAGAGAACCUUUGUGAUGAAUGAUGCAUGUUUCCAGUGUAGUAAUCAUCUGUUGUUGCUGUGAUACCAAUAAAUUCCCUUCCCUCACGCCCUUCUCUUACCUGAGACUAUAGGCAACCCCAAAGCUCCCUAAAUGGGAGAGAGCACUAUAGUAAAGAGAAGCUGAUAUUUUCAUAGGUGAGUGUUGGCACAGUACUGCAUUACAUCCACAUCCUCUGGUUUGAUUGUUCAGAUGCACCAUGGUAUUUCCUAUGUUGAUUUUGGACCUACAUGACGUAGUUUUGUCCAUUUUGUUGUUAUUACUCCCUCAAUACAUCCCUAGUUCAAUGGCUUCCUGGGAACUGCUCUAAGAUAUAUUAGCUUCUUUGGUUUAUUCCCUCCUUAUUUUCCAUUUUUCUUGUCAUUUGCUGUGAUAAGUCAUGGGAGGUGUUGUCUUCAUGUGCUGAGGCAUGCUGUCCCUCUCAUGCCUUCCACAAGGCAGCAGAGAAUCUCCCCAGCUUCACUGCCCUGAAGAGCUGGCUGCCCCACACGGUCCCACGAGGGCUGCUUGCAUUGUGAUUGUGUUGGUGCGAAUGUGUACUGGAUAGAAGCGUUUCUGAUGGUCUCGGCACAGUCUGCUGCAGCUUCAUCUCACAGUUCUUUUCACUUCAGUAACUACACCAUGGUAAUUGACCCCAGGCUGCUUAAGGGAGAAACUUGCUUGUUUUUCUGGGGCCCUUUACAUCUCAGUCCUGUGUGCUCUGUUUCCGUUUGUGCUGAUGGCCCCAGAACUGCUGGAGGAACUGCUUCUGUUACUGGAAGACUAUCUGGCUGUACAUCUGAUAGACGGUGGUGGUUUGGUGUUAUGUUGGGCUGGAAGUUAUCUCUGCUCACCCUAGGAGACAGACUUAACGAACAAGUGCGUGACACAAGGGUAUUAAAAUAAGGGAAGCUGUUCCCUUUGAAGCAAGGUAUAACAAUUAAGAUUUUGGUCAGUGAGUUGUCACUGUGG